UGCGCUCGGCAGCCAUAAUCUUUGCGUUUUAUGUUGUGAUCAGUACUACAGAGCAGUGUGUGUGAGUGUGUGUGCGUGCGCGAGCGUGACGUACAAAGGUGGCUGUCAUUAGCUGUGAGGACGCGUAAACCUAGAACAGUUCGAGCGACUUGCUGUGUUUGCUACUGAAAGAGGUGGGAGGCCGGAUAUGGAGCUGGAGUCGUUGUACGGGGACUUCGCCAUGGAUGAAGAACAGGACUUCUACGCGUCCUCCAGCCCGCUCAAGAGCGCAUCAGCCGUGAAACGCGAACCCGUGCCCCUGGUGGUGAAGCAGGAGCGCGUCGAUGGCGGAGACUCCUGUGUACCCGGCUCCGGCCCCAAUUCGUGCUCCAUGCAGAAGGUGCCUUCGCUGUCUGACCUCAGCGACCCCGAGAGCUCGCUUGGGGAGAACUCGCGGCGUGGCCCCUACCAAAGCGGUGGCGUGCAACAAUUAAAAGACAUGCCGACUCAAGUGCCCCCCUUGACGCCGGGCACGAACAAGAAGAUGACGGAGGCGCUCAAGGCGUCCUUCGCGUCCUGGGAGAAGGAGCAACUGCGCCUCAGCAUCGUCAAAGACCCGAGGCAAUGGUCGGAGGCGCAGGUGGCUCACUGGUUGUCGUGGGCCAUCCGCGAGUUCUCGCUGGAGGGCGUCACCAUGCAGCACCUGCACAUGCGCGGCAAGGACAUCUGCAACAUGGGCAAGGAGGCCUUCCUCGCCAGAACGCCGCCCUUCAUGGGCGACAUCCUCUGGGAGCACCUCGAGAUCCUCCAGAAAGAGGUGGAGAAGGAGCGGUCGCUGGGCACGGCGCCGGCCGGCCUGUACGAGUCGGUGUGCGUGCCGGACCUGAGCGAGUACCUGGGCAACGCCGUCGCGGGCGGCGCGUACGGCGCCAACACCCCGCACGGCCAGCAGGCGGCCUUCCUGCACGACGGCGGGUACAGCCACCUGAGGUCGCCGGCGGUGCCGCCGCGCGACGCCGACUGCGGCCGCGACGAACCGACGCCGCCGCCCGCCUUCAUACACCUCCGCCCGCCCGCCGGAUACCACAUCAAAGACGGCGGCGCAUUCGGUCCUCUGGAGCCGACGCUGGGGCAGGCGCAGGCGCAGGCGGCGGCGCUGGGCAGCGCCGACGACGGGUUCGGCGCCCCGCAGCAGCCUCCGCCCCCGCAGGCGUCGCAGCAGCCGCCCCCCUCGUCGCAGCCGCCCCCGCAGGGCCAGCAGCCGCCGUCCGGUCCCGCGCACUUCGAUCACGACCAGGACUACCACUCGCUGGACGCCCACCAACCACCGCCCUACCUCGAGUCUUCCCCGGAGUUCUACUCUGCUGCGCCUCCGCUCUUCGACAAGUACCAGCAGUACGUCAAGAACUUCAGCCGCGCUCGCUACGGCGGCCACCACGACGGGUAUGCCGACGCGUACGGGUCGCCGUACGACGCUUUCCAGACGGUGCCGACGAGCGGCGACCACUGGGGCGGCGGGGGAGGCCCUGGCGGCGAGCACGCCGCCUUCCUGCAGCACGCCCACGCACACGCGCACCACGCGGCCGCGGCGCGCGGCCCGCAGGACCUGGCGCACAGCGCGCCAGACACCAAGCCCGUGCUCCAGCCCUCCAUGCUCGCCGGAUACUCAGGUGGAGGCCCUUGUUUCACUGGCUCAGGUCCAAUCCAGUUGUGGCAAUUCUUACUGGAGCUGCUUACUGACAAAUCGUGUCAAACAUUUAUCUCAUGGACCGGAGACGGUUGGGAGUUCAAGCUGACAGAUCCUGAUGAAGUUGCUCGUCGCUGGGGCAUUCGCAAAAAUAAGCCCAAAAUGAAUUACGAGAAGCUGAGCCGAGGCCUGCGUUACUACUAUGACAAGAACAUCAUACACAAGACAGCAGGAAAGCGCUACGUGUAUCGCUUUGUGUGUGAUUUACAGUCUCUUCUUGGAUGCUCUCCUGAGGAAGUCCAUGCUGCUGUAGAGUUGAAGCCAGAGAAAAAGGAUGAUGACUGAACAUUUGGAAAGGAUAUACAGAGUCAAUUUGAAGGUUGCUGGUGUAGCAGUAAAUUAGGGAGCAAAGAAGUGUACAUAUCCAAUCAAUCAGUAAUUUAAAAUAAUUGUGUCAGUCAUAGUAUUUGCUAUGUCUGUCCUGAAGGUGUCUCGUUUUAAGAGAUACCGAACUCCGGCUUGUUCUUUAAAUUUCUCCGAGGAUAUGUACAAUGGGAAUUAUCAAUGCUUGUGUUGACUACGCUCUCUCCUGACAACACGUAAUGAAUCAUGUGGCACAGAUACCAGAGGUAUACUGCGAGUGAACUAAUCGUAUGUAAGUUGUUCGAACUGCUGUUGUGUUGUUAGGUAAGAAGAAUUACACAGUUUGUUAUUAAAUGUUUCUAAUUAAGUGGUCACAAAUAAUUGUGAGUGUUUCAGUUUUAUCAAUAAGUGCCUUGUAAAUAUUCAAUAAACAGUUUUUACUCCCCUGAUGCGGGAUGCUAACAGAUUUUUCUUGUGAUUUUACGCGAUGAUAAAUAUUGUGGUAUCAACUUUUUUAAUUGUAAGUUGUAAUUUUUCAUUAAUAGAGGAAAUGUAAUAUAUUGUUAUGCACACUGUAACUGUUAUGAUUGUGCAAAUAGGAAAAAUGUAAAUUCAGCAAUUUUUUAGCUGAUAUGGAGUGAUGACUCCCAAGGUGCAACACAUUAAGUCUGAUGGCACAGCUAAAAAACAGCUGUUUUGCCUACACUAUUUUCGUAACUUUUACCUGUUGCAUACUUCUUUAAGUAAUAUAUGGAUGAAUUGCUUUUAGAAGAAAAAUGAAAAUGUUGACGUCUUGUGUAUGAUGUUUUUACAAGUGAUCAUUAUACCAAAUACAGAUUCCAUUUAGGCUAAUGUUGCACUGUCAAAUUUGUAUGCUAUUAUGAGCAUAUCUUUUUAGAUGUACCCUGUGAUCUAGUAGCUAUCGUCAUCAACCAGGAUGGUGCUACUGUUCUUUUAUGCUGAAGUAUAGCAAAAUCACAAAAACAAAUCAUUCAGUUUAUAUCUUGUAUUAGUAAUAGAACGUUCAUUCUCUUAGUUUUCCAAACAUGGCAGAUAUAGUGAUCUAUCUUUGAUAUCAAAAUUUUUCUAAACUGCAUGGUACUAUGUAAUUUAAUUAUGCAAUUUCUCUGAUUAUCAGUUCACUCAUGUAUACAUAACAUUAUGAAAAACAUCUUUGUGAAAUUAUUUUCUCCAGAAAUAAUACUAUAAAACUGUUUUGCUAGCAAAAGUAUUUAUGAAUUCAGACUUACUUUAGAAGGAUUCUCAUUGAGGACUGGACUUUUAUUCUGCCUUUAUGAAAUGCCCAUUAAGCAAAGUAUUUACUUUUUUUUUUGUGGAUAUUCUUCAAAAGGUGAUGCAAAUUUUCCUAUGCUGUAUGUGUUGUUAACAUAUGUGACCCUCUAUAUUAUCACCAUUAAAAAAAUGCUGAUGAUUUUUUGGAAAUGCCAGGUGAUGAAAAUUCAUUCACUUGCCUGUCAUGUCUGAAGGGGGUUCAAAAGUAAUACAGUUUCAACUAAAUUUGUGUCAUUUCUGCUAAAUAUAUACCUUAAAGUAUAGAAGGCAAAGCAUCAGUUUUGUAUUCAUUUAGAAAUUCACUUCUGUAUGUUAAGAUGUUACUUACACGCAAAAGAAUAUAGGUAUGUAAUGUCAGUACAGAAACUGUCUAGGAGAAAAAUACUUUCGACAUAUGAAUAUUUUUAAUAUCAUAUGAUUGCAUUUUCCUCAAUGAAAAUCUUAUUUUUAUUGUUGCAUGCACAAGAGGCCAAGUAUUAUCAUAAAAUUUAAAUUAUUAACCCACCUAUUCCAGCCAAGAAUGGAAAAAUAUCCUCUGUACUAUUAGAGCUAAAUCAGUAUUUGGUUUUUUUGUGAUUUUAUAUAAAUGAAGACAAACUAUGCGCAGAAGUCAUAGUUGCUGCCUCAAUUCUUUUUUUACACCAAAGUAAUGAAAAAUAUAUAUUGGUAAAUUCAAAUUAUAAAUAUUAUCUGAAUGUUUGAGAGAAUGACUGUGCUUGAUUGAAAGGUUAGAGUAAAGCUAUUUGGGACAGCAUUGUAAAUUUCUAUAUAUGAUGGUUAGAAAUAAAUUAUAUUCAUUUAAAAAAGCUCUGUACUUACAAACUGAAGAGCAAAAUAAAGUUGUUUCUGCAGCUAAAAA